AUGUUAAGCAUCUUUGUGGUCACGGGACUCAUCGGCAACGUCUUGGUGCUGGUUGUCUACUCCAAGAAGUUUCGACUCAACCCCACUAAAGUCCUCAUUAUGACCAUCGCUAGUUUUGAUCUCAUCGCCAAUGUUGGGGCUAUACCAAGUGAGAUCAAUAUUAUGUUUGACUCCUGGAAUUUCAAGAGCCCAAGUGUCUGCAAGUCUAAAGUCUUCCUUGGAUCUUUCACUACAGUUGGAGGAGCCAUAUCGCUGUUGGUGGUUGCAGUUGUGAGAUACCGCAAAGUAUGUAGACCAUACGACUGGCAAGUUUCCAUCAGACAAGCCAUUAUCGCAAGCAUCGUCACUGCCAUUAUCUCCUUCCUGUUUGCCAUCCCCUACAUUAUCAUCUAUGGUGUCACGACGAGAAAGACACCAUGUCCUAACAUCAAAGGACACGAAUGUUUCGCAGACGACGCCUUUUUCUACACGGUGUGGCCGCUGGUUAACAACAUCUUAUUUGUGUUGCUGUAUUUAUCUUUAAGCGUGUCGAUGGUCGUGUUGUAUGUUUUAAUAGGCGUGACAGCCUGGAAGCACAGUCGAAUGUUUGUAGUGGCACACGGUGCUGUAAGAUGCGCAAGAGAGCACAAGCGAAAUGUUAAAUCUUGUGAGGCCGCAAAAGCUAGUCCAGUCUUUAGGACCCGACCAGUAGACUCAACAGACACAGAGCGAAUUGUGUCUCCUGAGAAGUUCUCGAGAGUCAGAUCAGCGAAAGAACUGUUUACCAAUGUAAGAACGAAUGCUCUUUUAUGUUGCAAAAAUCUGCAAACGAACGAGAAAAAUGAGGAAGAUACAAAAUCUUCUUCUCAAAAGACUUGUAGUACUACAGCUGCCACUGACAGUGAUGCCAUCAACAAAAGCUUGGAAACUAUUAACUCAGAAUCAAGUCUACCUUGCAAUUCAUCGCCUAUGUAUGCAAACGCUGUGCCUGCAAACAACACUUUUCACUGUCUUGACCACACACCAGAAAUGACUUCCGAAUCUUCAGAUCAAUACAACACGAGUGAAGGUGUCAUCAGAUUUGACAAAAAUGAAGGACUCGGUAAUGAGGUCAGAGUAACAUUAAACUAUCAGUUAGUACAGCCUGUUUCGAAUGAUGAAGAAGGAAAAGAUACUCAAAAGCAUGAAAAGGACAUACUGAAAUUCAAACAGAAUCAACUAAACACUGAAUCGAGCAACUGUAAAUCAAAGCCCGUUGCUAACGCCAAGAAAGAAGAACGACGUCGGCCAUUAGGCCGAAUGACGGCCAUGUUGAUAAUUAUCAGCGCCAUCUUUGUUCUUGGAUUUCUUCCGUUUCUAUCGUUAACUAUUUUUAAAAAUAGACUUCCGGAGACGUAUGCCAGCCUAAGCAUGGUGGAGCUAACUUUCUACAAUCUGUUCUACAGAUUAUAUUUCCUAAACAGCGCUGCUAAUCCCAUCAUAUACAGUCUGUGUGAUAUCAACUUUAGACGUGAAUGUAUUCGCUUACUAACGUGUCAGUCAAGAAAGCGGUUUAUAUAA